CUGUAAAUACAAAUGGCGGCGAGCCGUGUUGCGUUUAUUACGAUUGAACGGAGUAUCUAGCGUUAUAACGAAAGUUUUAAAUAUAAAGAAAUACGCUCUAAUAAUAAUCGAAUAACAAUAGGUUAUCUUAUUUUCACGUCCUUCGCAUCAACAUGCCAAAAGUCUGAUCGACAAAGUAUUAUUCGAAGAAACUGAUCGAUGAAAGGGUAAAUAAUGUCUAGCAGCAGUUCUGAAAGCAGUGACGACAGUCGUCACGAGAAAUCACGGAAGAGACGUAAACACAGACGCGACGAGAGUCCUAACCAAGACAGGCGUUCGAACAGAAAGGAAUCGAGCAACAAGAAUCGAAGUUACAGAGAUAGUAGAGAAGGUAGGGACGUUCACAAAUUUAGCAGAGACGUAAGAAGAGAAAAUAAUGAUGUACAUCGUGAUAGAUCACAACGCGAACGGGAUAGGGAAUAUAGGAAUAGUCGGCAUGAUCAUCCGAGGAGAGACGAUGAGAAACAAAAUGACAGGAGAAGGUUUGAAAGGUCUCCUUUGAGAAGAGAAGAACCUCGUUCAAGGCAUAGAGAGUACGAGGAAAAAGGCAGAAGAUACAGAGAUGUAGGUGAUCAUAGAAGAUACGAUGAUACGAAUAAAGAAAGGAGGAAUACUUUUGAAGAAAUGAAAAUGAAAAAGGAUCACCCUUCACCAGAAUGGGGUAAACCCUCUGUAAAAUCAGAAUCUAAACCAAAGCCUCAGGAUAAAGAGAAGCCAAAUUUUGAGUUGUCUGGGAAAUUAACGGAGGAUACAAAUACUAUAAAUGGAAUAGUUAUUAAAUAUUCUGAACCAUCAGAUUCAAGAAAACCUAAACGCAGAUGGAGAUUGUAUCCCUUCAAAGGAGAAAAAGCAUUACCUACCUUGUAUGUUCAUAGACAAUCAGCGUAUUUAAUGGGCAGAGAUAGAAAAAUCGCUGAUAUUCCUUUGGAUCAUCCUUCGUGUUCUAAACAGCACGCUGUCCUACAAUAUCGUUUAGUAUCUUUUCAAAGAGAAGGGGGUGGUGAAGGGAAAAGAAUACGCCCUUACCUUAUAGACUUGGAGUCUGCAAAUGGUACAUUUGUAAAUAAUGUAAAGUUAGAACCAAGAAGAUAUCAUGAAUUAUUGGAGAGAGAUGUAUUACGUUUUGGAUUCAGCUCGAGAGAAUAUGUUCUGUUACAUGAACACAGCAAGGAUGAUUCCUUGGACGAUGAUGUCCCCUUAACUACUACAACAACAGCAACAACUACUGUUACUACUACUACAAGUACUGCAUAGGUAAUUUUUCAAUCUAUGAUACUUCAUGAAUAUGUUACUUUUUCUCAAUAUAAGUAACUUUUCAUGUACUUUAUUCCAGGAAUUUGUAAAAUAUUUGAACAAACAAAUCUUUAAAUAAUUUUAAAUUCAUUAGCAGUAUAUUAAUAUCAUCUAUUAGAUACGAUUAUAAAACUAGUGUGAUUUUUCUUAAGUUAUACAGUAAAAAGAAAUCUUAUUGCUAUUCUUAAAUAGAGCAUUUAUGACGGUACAAUAUUCACUGUAAUAAAAAUCUUUAAUUCUUGGUAAAACAAUUUGUCAUUAAUGACAAAAAUUCAUUAUAAUAAAUAAUAUUUGAACAAUGUUUAUUCAUUUACAUCGAAACUUUUAUUUAGCCCGAACUUAGACGGUAAAUUUCAUAAAUUGCGUGAUUCGAUAACAAGUAAUAUGUGUGAGUUAAUAUAAACGUGUAUGUAUAACAUACAAUAUUCAUACGAUUACUACUUCCUUUGCCAUAUACAUUUUUUAAUGUGAUAUUAAAAGGUAUUUACAAGAGUUGAUUUACUCUCGGUAAAAAAUUAUUUCGAGGAACUAACAGUAUUCAGACAAUAUUUAAAUAGGAAGACUCUAAAAAAUAUUUCAGAAAACUUGUCGGAUUAUUUGAUUUUGUAAAUGCAUUUAUUUUAUUUUCAUAACUAAACAAUUUUGUCUUACAAAAUUAUCAAAAUAUUUUCGGAGAAUAUCCAAAUUUUAUUGCUACAAUUACCACAGUAUAUUCUUUCAAUUUGUAUACCUAUAACUCUUCUAAUACUUUUACGAAAUUUAAAAAAAUAUUAAAUUUGUUUGAGAGUAAAGUAUUUACAGUCCCCUUGAAAAUGUAUGAAUGUAUUAUUAAAAUUGUAAAAUACGAGUUUAGAACGCUAUCAGUUCAGUCAUAUAAAAUUUAAUAUAAUUGAAGACGUAUUACUCUUAAUUGUACUAUUCUCAAUAAGAAUCACUAAAUUUAUACAUAAAACUUAACAAAUCCUUAUGUAACAUGAAAUAUUAAUUUUUUAUAUUUUACCCUACGAUAUCACCGAAUAUGAAAUUUGUACAAUGAACAGUGAAAAUUUGAUCAUACUUUUACGUAAUUAAAUAAAUACAUUAGUCGCGAUAACAAGUAUAAAACUAUUACUUUCGAUCACUUUAUAAUAAUACUCUAUAUCUAUUCUCGUUUCUUACGUGUUACGACAACAAGUCACCGAUUACAACUAAAACUGCUACA